CGCAGCACACAGACAAUGGCGUCUCACACGACAUUUUCUUGGAUUGCUUUGCAUCUGCUGGCUGUCCUCCUAGCGCCGGCGAGCGCUCAAGACCCGACGGCCGGGUUCACGGCCGUGAGCCUCAGCGAGAGCAACUUCCAGCUUCAGAAGCCGUACAACAUGCCGAGCAGCGCGCGGUAUAGCUUCGACGGCACGGUGCGGCGGAUCUGGGUGCUGUCCUCCGACGAGCCCUUUUCUCCACAGAGCGACACUAAGCCAAGAACAGAGAUGAGGAUGGCUGGAUACGACUACUCUUCCGGCGUGUGGCAAUUCGAGGGCUCCGUGUACGUGCCAUCGAGCACGUCGGGAGUGUCCAUCAUGCAGGUGUUUGGCGGCAGCGAGACGGCCACCACGUUGAUGCUGCACGUCUACAAUGGCGCGCUGAGGUACUACAACCAGAAGCCCGUCGAGGACAACGUCUACGACCGGUGGCUUCGGGUGAACGUGAUCCACGAUGUCGGCGCGUCGAGAUUCACCGUGUUCAUCGAUGGCGAAAAUAAACUGAGCGUCGGCGGACGCGGCGGCAACUCGCACUACUUCAAAUUCGGCGUCUACACGCAGAGGGACGCGUCCAGCCGCAUGGAGUCGCGCUGGAAGAACGUCAGGAUCCUCAAGAAAAACUGAUAUGUCCAAUCGCUCUCACAGCAGCUUAUAUCUAUUUGUUUCUCUCUC